AUGUUGUCGGUUUCAUCGAGAACAGCCAGAUCGGCUACAAAACGCAUUUCGCGUUCCAUGGCUACUGUCUCUGACAUCACCAAGGACUCCAAGGUGCCUCAGAACUUGUUGGAGAAGGGAAACUACAUCAACUACAAGAAGCAAUUGGAGGUCUUGGAGAUUGUCAAGAGCAGACUCAACAGACCUUUGACGUACGCUGAGAAACUGUUGUACGCUCACUUGGACGACCCGCACGGACAGGACAUCCAGAGAGGUGUGUCCUACCUCAAACUCAGACCAGACAGAGUUGCUUGUCAGGAUGCCACCGCCCAAAUGGCCAUCCUGCAAUUCAUGUCUGCUGGUAUGCCAUCGGUCGCCACCCCAACCACUGUGCACUGUGACCACUUGAUUCAGGCCCAGAAGGAGGGUCCUGCUGAUUUGGCCAGAGCCAUCAGCCUGAACAAGGAGGUGUACGAUUUCCUUGCAUCUGCAUGUGCCAAGUACAACAUUGGUUUCUGGAAACCAGGUUCUGGUAUCAUCCACCAGAUCGUCCUUGAGAACUACGCCUUCCCAGGUGAGUUGCUGAUUGGUACCGACUCCCACACCCCUAACGCUGGUGGUCUGGGUCAGUUGGCCAUUGGUGUUGGUGGUGCCGACGCUGUCGACGUUAUGGCCGGCCUGCCAUGGGAGCUGAAGGCGCCAAAGAUCAUCGGUGUCAAGCUUACCGGUAAGAUGUCCGGAUGGACUUCUCCUAAGGAUAUCAUUCUGAAAUUGGCCGGUAUCACUACCGUCAAGGGUGGAACCGGUUCGAUUGUCGAAUACUACGGUGACGGUGUCGACACCUUCUCGUGUACCGGUAUGGCAACCAUCUGUAAUAUGGGUGCCGAGAUCGGUGCCACCACCUCCGUUUUCCCAUUCAACAAGUCUAUGGUUGACUACCUGAAUGCCACCGGAAGAUCCCAAAUUGCCGAGUUCGCCAAGAUCUACCAAAAGGACUACCUGUCUGCUGACAAGGGCUGUGAGUACGACCAGGUGAUCGAGAUCGACCUCAACAAGCUUGAGCCACACGUCAACGGUCCAUUCACCCCAGAUCUUGCCACUCCAGUGUCGAAGAUGAAGGAGGUUGCCGUUGCCAACGACUGGCCACUGGAGGUCAAGGUUGGUCUGAUUGGUUCUUGUACCAACUCCUCCUACGAAGACAUGUCCAGAGCCGCCUCCAUCAUCCAGGAUGCCGAGUCUCACGGACUGAAGGCCAAGUCCAUCUUCACUGUCACUCCAGGUUCCGAGCAAGUCAGAGCCACCAUUGCCAGAGACGGCCAACUGAAGGUCUUCCACGACUUCGGUGGUAAGGUUUUGGCUAACGCCUGUGGUCCAUGUAUUGGUCAAUGGGACAGACAAGACAUCAAGAAGGGUGACAAGAACACCAUUGUGUCUUCGUUCAACAGAAACUUCACCUCCAGAAACGACGGUAACCCAGCUACCCACGCUUUCGUUGCUUCUCCAGAGAUGGUUGUUGCCUACGCCAUUGCUGGUGACCUGAGAUUCAACCCACUGACUGAUAAGUUGAAGGACGCUGACGGAAACGAGUUUAUGCUUAAGCCACCUGUCGGCGUUGGUUUGCCACCAAAGGGAUACGACCCUGGUGAAAACACCUACCAGGCUCCACCAGAAGAGAGAUCUUCUGUUGAAGUCAACAUCUCCCCAACUUCCGACAGAUUGCAAAAGCUGCAGCCAUUCAAGCCAUGGGAUGGAAAGGAUGCUUUGAGAAUGCCAAUUCUGAUCAAGUCUCUUGGUAAGACCACUACUGACCACAUCUCUAUGGCCGGUCCUUGGUUGAAGUACCGUGGACACUUGGAGAACAUCUCCCAGAACUACAUGAUUGGUGCUAUCAACGCUGAGAACGGUAAGGCCAACUCUGUCAAGAACCACUACACUGGUGAGUACCACGGUGUUCCAGAGACCGCUGCCUACUACAGAGACCACGGUAUCAAGUGGGUUGUUAUUGGUGGCGAGAACUUUGGUGAGGGUUCUUCCAGAGAGCACGCUGCAUUGGAGCCAAGAUUCCUUGGUGGCUUUGCCAUCAUUACCAAGUCCUUUGCUAGAAUUCACGAGACCAACCUGAAGAAGCAAGGUCUUUUGCCAUUGAACUUUGUGGAGCCAGAGGCUUACGACAGAAUCAACCCAGAUGACGAGAUCGACCUUAUUGGACUGACCGAGUUGGCCCCAGGUAAGAACUUGACCAUGGUUGUUCACCCUAAGGAAGGUGAGGCUUGGUCUACUCCAUUGUCCCACACUUAUAAUGCUGAGCAAAUCGAGUGGUUCAAGUACGGUUCUGCUCUGAACAAGAUGGGUGCUACCAGAAAAUAA